AUGGGGAGAAGGUGGACGUUUGAAUUUCGGGGCGGGCUGAGGCGGCGCUGCCGUUACUGCGCGAGGCUGAGGGGCGCGGGCCGUGAGGGACGCGCGGAGCCGAAAGGUACGCGGGGCUCAGGGGACAGAGGGGCCCGGGACUGUGAGGGUGGGGUUACUGACCUGGGCUUGUUUCAGGGCAAUUGCUGUCACGAGCCCUUGGAUCUGUACAGUUACCUGUGCAGCCAGGAGAUUGGCACCACGCUGGCACUGCUCUACAUCACCUGGGCAGAGGCACUGGAGGCCAGAGGGAACUUCAGGAAAGCAGAUCUGAUAUUCCAGGAAGGGCUUCAGCGCAGGGCUGAGCCUUUGGACAAACUGCAGUCCCAUCACAGGCAGUUUCAGGCCCGCGUUUCUCGGCAGGCACUGCUGGCACUUGAGGAAAGUCCAGAUGGAAAAGAUACAGGUCUGCUGGAAAUUGCAGAGCCUCAGAGAAGCUCAUUGGCAGAUCUCAAAGGCAGGGGGAAGAAAAAAGUGAGAGCGCCCAUUAGUCGUGUGGGAGAUGCAGUUAAAGUCACGAACCCAAACAGAAGCCUCAUGCCUCAGACUUCUCUGCAGCUUUCAAAUACUCCGGGUUUUGCUGUGUUUGAUGAAAAUUCAGCCUCUGUAGACGAGAUUCCCACGCUUACAGCACAGUCAUGGACAGCACCUCCAGCUCCCAGGGCCAAGGAGAAUGAACUCAGUGCAGGACCUUGGAAUUCUGGCAAGCGUCCGCGCAGCCGCAGCGCCUCCAACCCUGGCGUGGCAGUGCCCGGCCCCCUGCCCAGCUUCACCCCCUACGUGGACGAGUCAGCUCAGCCUCAAAUGAUGACUCCGUGCAAAAUCGAGCCCAGCAUAAACCACGUGCUGAGCGCUCGCAAACCUGAGAAGGAGGACCCGCUGCAGCGAGUGCAGCACCAUCAGCAGGACACUCAGGAGCAGAGGGAGAUGGUGAUGUACUGCAAGGACAAGGUUUAUGCUGGAGUCGAUGAAUUCUCUUUGGAAGAGAUUCGAGCUGAAAUCUACAGGAAGAAAGCGAAAAAGAAAACUGAAGAGGAAAUGCAAGCCAUAGCACAGAAGAAGGAAGAAAUACAAAGGCAAAUUGAGGAGCUGGAGAAGAAACUGAAAGAAGAUGACAAGCAGCAACAACCACGUGAACAGGCAGCAGAGAUAAGGGAAGCUUUGGCACCUUUGGGACCGCAAGGAUUUACUUCUUCCAGUGGAACAGAAGUUGGGGAGAAGCAGCUUCAGGGUCAAAGAGUAAAUCAGAGUGCGGACAGAAAGCUUCCAGUAUCCGGGGUACUUUUACUGACAGAGGUAAUCCAAUGGCAGAGACUCAUUACUGAGUUCCAGCUCACCUUGCUGUUCCUUGCCUUCAUAGGGGAUGAUGUGGCUCAGUUCCUGGGGAGUGCUGAGCAGCAUAAAAAGCUCUUGGAUCCUGUGCCAGAAUCACUGGCUGCUUCUCCAGAUUUUUACUUGGAGCCUGGAGCUCUGCCUGGCAUGGAGGUUGAGAAGGACAUUGAGCUGGGGCAUGAGACUUACUGCAUCAAAUGGGAAUACUGGAACAAUGAAGAAUACAAAAUGUUUUUUGCCGUUCCAGCCAACCUUUUCCAGCUGGAUGCAAAGGGAUUUGCAAUAAAGGUGUAUUCUCAGCCUGUGCCUUGGGAUUUUUAUAUCACCCUUGAGUUACAGAGGCGUUUGAAGGCUGACUUUGACCAGAGCUUCAGCGAGAGCUGCAGCUGCCACCUGUACCGGGAUGGCUGUGUCGUGGUGCACAGGGACAUCAACCGCUUCACGCUCGGGGAUGUUAUCCGUGGCCGCAAGUCCAUCACUGAGGAAGUCGUCUUCCUGGUUGUUUAUAAUCUUCUGGGUGUGGUAGAGAAGCUGCACAAGGCUGAGAUUGUCCAUGGAGAUCUGAGACCAGAGGUGUUCUUUCUGGGAGACAGGAUCUGUGAUGCCUUUGCUAACGAGGACAUGGCGAGUGCUCUGAAGGUGGUGGAUUUCUCUCACAGUCUGGAUUUGAGGUUGCAGUCUCGAGUGAGCUCGUGCAACAGCUUUCCCAUAUCUCAGACCCCUCAUGGGCAGCAGCUUCUGGCAGCAAGUUCUCUUCCUUAUCAGGUAGACUUGGUUGGCAUUGCAGAUAUAGUCCAUUUGAUGCUGUUUGGGGAUCAUAUCCAGGUCUAUCAGGAGAAUUCCAUCUGGAAAAUCAGCCAAAACUUACCAAAGACUGUUGACAGUGAUUUCUGGAGUAAACUUUUUGGGAGAGUUCUGAAUGCAGGUGGUAAGUCCACAGCGCCUCUGCUGCGGGAGUUGAGAGAGGAAAUUGGUGACAUGUUUGACAGCUGUUUCCAAGAACGACUUUGUGAGUCCUUAGCUGCCCUGGGAGUAACCUUCCUCCUCUAGAACUUCCUGUGACUUCACAGAGGACAAACACACCUUGUAUUAUAGAGAAGAAUUUGUUGUUGAUUUCUUAUUUAUUUUUUUCCAAUGUAAGCAUGACAGCGAUUGCAGCCGUGUCUGCGGUGCUUCACAUGGGACUUGCUAAAGGAUGUUUCUGUUGCAUCAGUGCCCAGAUCACUUAAGAGGCUUAGGAGGUUAACCUGUGUCUGAGCAGUUUGCCAGAGAAAAUUGUUUGUCAUGUCUGACCAAGCCCUUGUACAGCUCCUUCAAGAUGUGUUUCAUACCUGGUUCACACCGCGCUCUUUGGAAUGGCUUUGUCCUGCGUUCAGUUGGCCUUUCAAUUAGUGUUUGAUCAAUAAAGUUGUCUUUUGAGAGCAACUCAGUCACAUUAAACACUGCUGUCAGAUGGUUUUGAAAGACUGGGUUUAGUGCUGGAGCUGCUGGGGAUGUUUUGUGGCUGCUGGAUACAAGAGCCCCCCGUUUGGUGGCUCCUAACCACGUGGCAUUUCCUGGACACUGGAACAUAACCUGGAUGGUUCUGCUUGGAAUGUGCUCUCAUGGAUGGUUGUCAUAAGAAAAAGUAGAUGAAGACGUGAGUGGAAAAGCCACACACUUAAUUUUGGCUUCUUAAGGCAUUUUGUUUACUUUUGCAAGGGCUGCAGUUCCUGAUUGGAUUUGAGCAUCCUCCAGAAAUCUCCCUGAAGUCUCAAUUUGCCAUAAGUGAAGUGUUUGCAGGUUUUUGUGCGAGGUUUUGUGGAUAGAUAUUUGUGUUAACCUUUUAUACAUUCUAUUACUGAAACCAAUAAAAAGGCUUCAUUUUAUUCAAGACAACAGAAUUUACAUGAUCCAAACCCAACGUACUAUGUACUUUAAAUGCAGAGAAACUCCUCAGACUUGGCAUUUACUUCCUCACAGCUUCUGCCACGCAUGAAAGUGAGAGCACACAACUGCUUCACCAGGAACUUUAUUCUCCCUGGAAAGCCAGACUGGCUGGGUUCUUUCAUUUGGUUCAAUUGUCCAGCUAUGGUUCUGUUGAUUGUCCUGUUUGUGUUGUCUCCAAAUUCUGUUCUGGAACUUAAUUCUGGUUUUUUUUCACAUGGCUACAAGCCACCUUGUUUCCAGUUUUUUCUGCGUAUUCCAGCACUACUCCUCUUGCUUUGGCCUGUAUUCUUUUUCCUCUCCCAGCUUCUUAAUGCCUUUUUUUAUAUGCUCUUGUAAGUCAGGAAUGGGACCUAAAUGCCCUGAUAGACCAGCUUUAAUAUCUAAUGUAAAGUGCUGCAGAAGAAUUUAUUUUGGUCCAUUAAUGCCUUAAAUAAUGCUUCUUGUAGUACAAGUCAUUGAUAAGUCAUGUACUGAGCACGCAGAUAAAUAAUGAUUUGUCUCUAGCCAGAGUUAAGAGCCAAGAUCACUGGUAGAGCAACAAGGAGUCCAAUGCAUAGCUAAGUUCUGCAAGCUCUAAAAACAUUGCAUGUUUGUUCUUUAGCUGAAAUUUAUUUUCUUUUGCUGAUCCUCUAACUUUUGCCUUUUAGACAAAAUCUGGGGGGGUUUCACUUCCUCCUGUUUGAGUUUAUAUCCUGCAGCACAGGUCUGAAAACCAGGCAGCUUAGGAAGAGAACAUUGCUAAGCAAGUAUCGCUCACCCCAAGGACUUCUGAGGCAAGACAUGUUUCCAGCCAGUACAGAACAACUUCACCACGUCUAACUCAGACAGAAAGCCUUUGAGAACAGCCUGAAUGCACAGAUAAGAGCUCUCAGCAGAAGUUCAGCAAAGGUCUUUAAAAGCUGUAAGUGAACCUAUUUGUCUAUAAGGAGAUGUAUUUCAAAGCUGCAAUCCUCUACUAUUACUUUGAUGUUGACUUGGCACCUGUUUUCUUUCUGAACAAGAAGUGUGCUAAAUCCUUCUCCGUGUAAUAAGCCUGCCCCUCAUCAGUUAGUCUUCAUGUAUGUCCCAGACAACACAAAACUGCCCCCAAGUCCUGUAAAAUAAACACAGCAGUGUUUAUAACCCUGGCUGUAAUAAACACACACAAAUACCAGAGGGAGGAGCAGGGAUAACAAAGAGCAGUCACCUCUUGUGCUGGUUGUUCUGUUCUACUCCAGUGAAACUCUGCCUCUCUUCCACACAGGUAAGUCUCUGCUCCCCCAGCCCACGAGCUCAUUGCACCAACACGUACCAGGAGGGCAGGGAGGUCUUUUGACAUCCUUGUGUAUGUUCAAGUAACUCUGCCUCCAACCUUCAAAGCUUUUCCUAAGCAUCACUUCUGAAUCAUUGUGUAACAGGCAGAUGCUCUCACAGGCUGGGAUUGUCACAGACUUGUCACGAAACAGGAGAGAGACCAGCCUUGCCCAUGAGAUACCUGGAGAUAAAAAUUGUCUUAGCAGUGCCUAAGGAAAAGAGGCAACUACAGAUCCUGGGAUGACAGGAAGUGCCUCAGGGGGUGGCUGGCAGGGUGAAAUGUGUGAAGGGUGUACAAGUCCUAGUCAGGUUAUCACAAAACAAUAUGGUGAUGGAAUCUGAGCUCUAGCAAGUUUUAAUACACUGUUAUAUACAUAAAAGUGCACCAAGGAAAGUAAAUCCAAGGAAUAGAUCAUGGUUGUACCAGGUUAUUUGAGAAAAAAAACUUGACCAGAGAUACAACAGGGAUGUCUGAAAGAUCUCUGCAGUCUUGAAGUGCUUUGAUUCAGAAGCAGUGAGAGAAUCAAGCUGUUAAUGUCCACUCUAUUGUGUUAAGUGGAAAGGGGUCUAGAAAUAAUGGCAGGAAGUCACUAAGCCACAAAAAUAUGCUACCUAUAAAAAAAUGGGGGCUGAGGGAGCUGUGGGUGAGGCAAACCCCACAGGUGUGAGCCAUUUUCUGCCCUUAAGCUCUGGAGCUGCAGCUGGGGUUGGAGAAGUUGGUUCCACUGUCUCUAGGGCUCCUGGGGAACCAGUGCCCACACACAGGUGCUCCAGGUGACCCCUGAGUGCCAGGGAGUGGAACCACCAAUGGUGGGACAGAACCUAACGACUUUCCAAGGUACACCUGCACAUAGUUAAAUAUAUUGUGAGCUGGCACCCACCUGACCCCUGAAGAGAUCGUUGUAAGGAAGCUCAAGGAAGGCUGAGGAGCAUUCGUCAUCUGCUGGUCUCAAAAGGUAUGUGAUUUUUAGAUUUAAAAUCCUAAAUCUGACAUAAUUGAUAAAACUUAACAGAUAUAUUCUGAGUGCAGUUAUCUGAGACUUUCCCAGCCUGAGGUCUGUGUUAUACUGAUCAAGAGGUGUAAGCUUGGCCUUGUGCUAGCAGGUAAUACUUGGCUUUUUGAUUUUCCAAAAUGAACUAGAAGGGGUAGGAAACUCAGCAGGGCUACAAGGAUCUUGUGUGGUUAUGCAGGGAGAACACUAGAAGGGCCAAAGCCCAGUUAAAGCUUAACCUGGGUACUGCAGUAAAAACAUAAAAGCAACGGGACAAACAACAAAAGGAGGGCUGAGGAGAAUCUGUGAAGGGUGUUGGGGCACCCUCAGUAAGAAGUGGUUGAGUCACUAUUCCUGGAAGGAUUUAAAGGAUAUAUAGAGGUGGCACUUGGGGACGUGGUUUGGUGGUGGGCUUGGCAGUGGUUGGGCUCUUAGAGGUCUUUUCCAGCCUUAAUGAUUCUGUUAUUCAAAGUAGACAAAUCACCCCUCCUGCAUGUGUGUCAGCAAGUAAUUCUAAACCUUUCCUCUGGGCUGCUGCUGAUUUCCCACUUAAUAAAUAUUCCAAAUGACCUGGGGCUGAAGUGCAGCUCCUGAGGUGCUGUGCUCCAGGCUGUGCCCGGUGAUUUCCCCUGAGGAAACCUGUGUACAGAAGAUGAGAGUUCUUAUUCCAAGAGAGUUAUUUGGCUGUGGGCUGCAGAACUGCUGGUUAGAGUCUCUGCUUUAGCCUGGGGCUAUGGGCACUGCAUUUACAUUAACUGUGCUUAUACAGACUGCCCUUAAAGCUGGAUAAAGGACACUUUACCAGCUUCAUCCUCUGGGUUCUUAGUGUUUUACACUCAUUGCUCCUCUGCUUGGUUAAUCCAGCAGAAUGCCAUGGUUGGAAACUUAGAAAUACGAAGGUUUCAUUUCCAUAACAUUUUAAAUUAUUAAACAACAUGUGGAUAUUGAGGUCACUAAGUAAGACUGGGGAAAAAUGUUGUUCCUUUUGUUGGUUCUAUAAAUGGUUGUUUCCUACUCUCCUUUUGUAAUAAUUACUAUCCAGAGCUAUUUAAUUAUUGAUCCCGUGGCUCCAGCUGGUGUGACAGUGUGAUUUACAAAGCAGGAGCAGCACCUGAGGGACACAAAGGCAACUGUUCAGGUUCUGGGCCUGAGCUGAUGGUUGUUUUCCCAGUGCUUUGGAUUCUCCUCAGUUUUCAGGAUCUCGAGCUCUGUGGUUCCUUGAAGCUACACUAGUCAUAUACUUUGAUGUAGUGUGGUACUCUGUGUAAUCAUUCACUCAGGAAUCAUUUUGUAGGGAAAAAUGUUGGAAUAGUGCAGAAUUCAGUGGUGAAUGUGGCUUGUUGGUGUGUUCCCUUAGUAUCUGGUCAAAACAACCAGCAAAGGCACUGGGCUGUUCUGCCCCAUCUGCAGCUGCUCCUGAAGAGCCAGCCUGGGUUGGUGCUUCACCUCUGUGUGAACUGAACUGGCUGCAACUUGUCCUCUCCUGAGCCUGUUCCCUUGGUUCCCAGCCCAGCUGAUACCCUUUGAGAGAACAAUGGCAGAGGGCACCCCUUGUUUUAGUGGCACAUUCCCUGCUCCUGCUGUUUGUAGGAGAACUAGGAACAGCUUUUCCUCAUGCAGAUUUACUGGAGCCGCAGUCUUUUAUCUUAGAAACUCUGGCUUAGAUCCUGUCUAAAAGCAGCAGGUUUUUAUCAAGAUGUAAAACAAGUGUCAGCUGGGAGGAGUCCUGACUAGCCAGAACCAGAAACCUUACCCUUAGCUGUUAAGGCAGUCUCUGAUUUGCUUAACAUGGGCAAUGUGUAACAGGAAAAGUCCAUUUUUAUGCAAUUAGAAAAGUUAUUAUUCCUCCUUAUGUCCUGGAAAAGCACGUUUUUCACUUGGGGAGUUGGACAACAAUGGAAAACUCUCUAUGAUCCCAUUCUCAGCUCUUUGAACACACAAUUCCCACACAGCUGAACAUGGGAGCCACCUUCACUGCAUCUCUGAGCAUUCAUUUCUGCUCUACACGUGCUCCAUGCACCAAGUCCAAAAUGGUGUUUUCCUUCCUUUCAGCUGAGCUGAGGAGGCCUUUAUGCAAGUCAGCAGUACAUAUGUCCACACAUCAGAACAUUCUCAAUUACAAGCUUAAGUUUCUGUGGGCUUUCACUGUAUAGCACAUUCUUCACUGUCUUAAACUUUAUUGUGGUUUCUACGGUGAUCUUUCCUGAUGCAUCCCCAGCCUUUCCUACAGGAUGCUCAGCAGUGUGGGUGGAGUGGGAAAGGCAGAACAACUGCUGUGUGAGGAGGAACACACUGGUGCAUUGGAUGAGGCUUAUGGAAAAGAGUUACACACUGGUCCUCUUGAAAUGGGAGACAGCAAGUUAGGAAAUGCUGUUUGAGUAGUUGGCCAUGCUAAAAAGGAGAGAUGAGAGCCCUGCUUCUCCUGACUUUUCCUACCAUUUCAUUACAGUAAAAGCCAACCUGUUGGGUGCUGAGCUGUGGAUGCUUUAGCAAAGCCCUUGUAAUGCUUUUGUAGUUUUGUUAAAUUUGUAUUAUUGAGACAAAGAGGGUUCCAGACUGAGGACAAACCUUCCCCUGCCCACUGCUCCUGGCUCUGCAUGAGACUGGACAGGUCAUGGAAGCUUGGGUUUGCUCAUUUAUAAAACUGGUAUUGUACUUUUAGGUAUAUUUUCUUACCUACAUAUGCAUACUUAUAAAUUUUUCACUUCUGCAGAGGAGAAAUGGCUCAUAAAACCAAGGUAACACUACACUUAGUUGCUGCUUUUCCUCACCUGCUUUGGGAUUGGAAACUUCUCCCUGCCACAGUGGUGGUUUUGGGAAGUAGAAAUGUGCAAUGCAACCAGUAAUAUGGCACCAAAACAGGUUUGGUAUUGAUUAGUAUCCAGAGACUAAGAGAGGGAAACCAUUGCUCUGCCUGGUGCUGUUGUUUAAGCUGGAGUGUAGCUGUUCCACCAGCUGCCAAGAUCCAAGCUGUUUUCUUUGAAAACCUAAGGGGUUUUUUAACUUUUACACUGGAUUUUGGGCCUUGACCUGUAUCUUGGUGAAUAAUUCUUAGCAUCCAACUUGUGGGAUGUCACUCUCCUGUCAGGUUUCGGUGUGAUAGAUGGUUGCAUGUUUGGUUUGGGUGCCAUACACAUAAAUAACACUCUUUUGAUGUCUAUGGUAGCUUAACUGGUCUUAAACCAUCCUUUUAUUCCAAGAGCAUUUUAAAAUUAUUAUUUUUGUUUCUGUCUAAGUUUAUAAUCCUCCAUUUCUUCUCUCUUCUGUGUUUUGUAGUUUUCAUAUGUGCUAAAUGUUUCCUUCUGUGAGGGUUGUGUUGAUGUGCAGUGGCAACCCCAUAGCCAGGGCCAAGGCAGCCAGUCCCAGGAGCUGCACCCUGCCCCUCGGGGUCCCUCCAGCCCUGCAUGUUCUGUGAUCCCAGGAGUUAUUGCAGAGCCUUUCCAGAAGCCAGGCUCUCUGUGACUCCAGAAGCCAGGCUCUGUCCUCCCACAGGUGUAUCUCAGUGAUGCUGCAGAGUUUUUUGGGGGUAGAAGUUACUACACAGACACAGUUAUUUGCCCUCAAAAGCAGUGAGGAGCUGGAAAGCUGAAUCCAGCUCUAAUGAAUGAAGUCCCAAAGCUGGCAGCAUUCAGCACUUUGAUGGGCUGGGGAUAUUUUCUAGCAAGAAAAUUAAUUUCUGAGACUUGUUGACAGAAACAUCAGGAAUGGAUCUGCUGCCUUUGUCUCCACCCACCCCAGCCAAGAGUGGGGGGAGAGAAGCAGCUUUUUUAUAAAUAGCUCCGUUCCUGUUGUAUUUGUAAAUUUGGUGCUUUUUGUGUCAGUGACAUCACCCUCUUCUCCAUGGCAACCCCCUCUGAUAGCAAAACUGCAGGGCACUGCCAGAGGAACUCAAACCAGCACAUGAACAGGUUGAAUUGAGAUGAGUUAAUUGAGAAAUAGUGCAGGGGCAACAGGAGGGGGUGGGAAACAGCAGCGAGGAGGUUCCUGCCAGCUCUGCUGCCCCGGAAAACUGUCCCCUGGAAUGGCUGUUUCCCAGAGCUCUGCCCCAUCUCCUCUUUGUGUAAGUCCCUGUCAGGAGGAGGCAGGUGGAAGGCAGGCAGGCAUCUUAUUCCCCAUCUCCUAUGUGUCUGGAGAGCAGCACUACAGGUGACUAAGCAGGAGGAGCAUGGCUGACUCACUCCUGAGUUAUUUUCUCACUCCUGUUCUCUUCCCCCUCCCAUCUUUUCUGUUUGUUUUUUAGCUUUGACCCGACAGUUUGCAUUUUUCCUCAGGCCCUGAUGUGAAAGAAUUAGCAGCAGGCUUUCUUGUUACCUAAUGUUCACAAAAAUGUGCUUGUGGUUAUCCACGGGGGAAAUGGAAGCCAACUCCAAAAGCAAGAAAAGAGAGUUCUCUGGAUAAAACACCUCCAUCUUAAAAAAAAAAAAAAAAGUGCAUCUCCUUUCUGAAUUGUUGUU